AUGAGCCAACUGGGUGUACUCAUUAUCAUAGUUCUUUGCUUGUUCUUUCAUGUCAGAGCCCAAAACAUUUCAUACUCUGAACAUCUCAAUGUUCUUCAUUCUCUCCAGACAAAUCUUUCGGCAGUUCUUGGGGUCUUCUCUACAGUGUUUUCUUUAUUACUUUUGGUACUUGCCUACGCAAGAUUUUGCCCAACAAAUCCAUUUGAUUUUAUGAGUCAAAUUAGUAAUCAAAAUACUGCCCAUCGCCAGAGCCAAACUUUCCAGGAACUUAUUCGAUCAUCACCUAGAUCUUCAGGGAUUGAUAGAGCAGUGAUAGACUCAAUCCCUUUUUUCAGAUUUUCAUUGCUGAAGGGGUCGAAAGAAGGCCUUGAAUGUGCAGUUUGCAUAUCAAGAUUUGAAGAUAGUGAAAUUCUAAGAUUGUUGCCAAAGUGCAGGCAUGCAUUUCAUGUCACAUGCAUUGACCAGUGGCUAGAAAGCCACUCUAGCUGCCCUCUCUGCAGACACAAGUUUGACAUAAAAGACCUCAGGAGCAUCAGCUUGAGGCUCUCGGGAAACCCUUCAAAUCUUACAGACGAUCCAAAUCUUGAGCUAUUUGUUCAAAGAGAGCAAGACCGUCAAGCCUCAUUGAGGUUCAACAUUGGCAACAGCUUCAGAAAUGCUGAAAAGGGUAAGAAAGAAGAAGAAUUGCUUAUUCAAGAGGUGAAUAGGAAUCAGGAAAAACUCCUGCAUAAGUUCAACCACAAAAUCAUUGUCUCUAAUGUUGUAAUUAAGAGUCGAUGGAGUGAUGUUAAUGCUUCGGACUUACUGUUCUUAAACUCUGAGAUGCUUCGUGCUGUAUCAAGCAAUAGAAUAUCUCGUUCCAGUUCAACAAGAGGAAGAUCUCAUUACGAGUCCAAGUUCAGUGGGCAAGACAGAAACCAUUCAGAUUCAUCUUCAAGCUUGGCGAAUUCUUCAGAGAAGAGAUCAAUGUCUGAGAUCAUCAACUUUGCAAGGUUCAGAGAUUUCGGUUUAAGACAGAAGAUAAGCCAAGCUUCACCUGGCGGCAGUGGAAGAAAAGAAGAGAGAAUAAGAAGGCUUUGGUUGCCGAUAGUGCAGCGAACAGUUCACCGGUUUGUACGUGGAGAAAGAAACUUAGAGGAAGAACAGGAGGAGAAAAAGACUGCUUUGAACGUGUAAAUUCGACUCUCAGAAUCACCCUACAGGGUGAAUCUUCUUGCUGUAAAGGAAAUUCAGGGGUUGUUAACCUAUAAUAUCAAUAGAGGUAAAGUACAGAAUUGUCAUGAUCAGGCCAUUGAUGCUUUUUUGCUUGUGUUUUUCUCCUCUUAUCAUACGAGGGAAUCAUACCCUAAGAGUUGUCGAGAUUGGAGAGGUCAAAGUCACAUAAACUGGACAACAGAAGCCUAUAAUUGUCAUGAUCAUUGACAUUGAUGCUUUUUCUGUUUGUGUUUUUCUUCUGUUUCUGCUGUAAUCCCAAGCAUAAGGCAUGAUAUUUGAUAUGUGAAAUUUAUGAUUUUGAGUUGUUAACAUUAACUGCUAGUUUUUAGCUUGUGGUUU